AUUUUUGGCAAAACUUAUCAAAGCAAAACAAUAAAAAUCUUUCGCUUGCCAAAUGCAAAUUCAAAUAAUAUUAUAUAGAAAAAUUUGGCUGGCCAAUGUUUUGACUGAUUUCGUUGGCUGUGCGUACUGUUAAUAAUCGCUUACUUCUCUUGGAAGAAAGCAAUCAGAUGUUUCCCAUCUUUGUUGCUAUUCUCAGCGUCCUGCCAUAAAUCGUUCCGAUUCUCUCUUGCCUCUGACAAAACUCUUCAGAACAAAGACAUCUCUUUGUUUUGGUUUCUAUCAGCCAAUCACCGCACAUGCACCUGUUCCAUCGUCCGAACAAAGACGUCUCCUCCGCACCACGGGGAACACCGUCUCUUCCCUCCUGAUGAUUUCCUUGCUCUCUUUCUUGAACGAGAAUUAUGCUGGCGCCGGUGCCCUCUGAUUCUUAAUGGCUUAACUACAUCGUCAGGAAAGUGACAGGCACAAAGGAACAAAGGCAUCGGUCUCUAGUUCUGUAUAACAGGAAAUUACCGUCAGAAUUCUCAGCAGACAAAGAAGAGAAGGUGCAGCAUGGUAAGUACAUCAGCCGAUUCUCAUGACGCCCGAAGCUGGCUGGUUUAUAUAAGCUGCUUCCCGGAACGAUCAACUUCGUUAGUCGCCAUUUCCACUUCCAUGAGCGGUUUCGAACUUUCUUCGUCACUUUUCUAAAAACAGUUUAGCCGUACAUCAACAGAAGUAAAGCAUUCGUUUUCUUUGUUUGAAACAUUUUGCCAUCAUAACAACUUUUACUAUGGCCAGACUGUGGAUCCUCCUUGCCGUUGCCGUGCUGUUCGUUGCCCUAAGCGAGACGGAAGCGGUGUGUUCCGCCCAUAAGAAAUGCGGCUGCUAUCACGGCUGGUGCUGGGCAUAUGCCGACUGGGAGCACAUGAAGAGCGGUGACCCUUGGUGCUUCACCCAGCGCCUGGGAGUUACCAAUGGAAAGCAGUCCUUUGCCUCCUGUCUUGCCGAUGACGACUGCCAGAUCGAAAUGACGUGCGGAGAAAAGGCCACCCACACUGGAGAUGACGGUGGCCGUCCCGGGUUUGCCCCGUUUUAAGUUGGCUAAUGUUGCGCAAACUGUAAAUAAAUGCAUAUCGCGCCUAAUUAUGCCUUGGUUUUGCACUUUUGCCAUUACCGUGACCUUUUACUAAUGCUUGACCUUGAUUUGCGUCAUUUAUCCGUAUGUUGUGGUGAAGGGAUAAAAG